UACAUGACGACAACAGUGAGGAUCAGUUGAGAGCACAGGACAUGAGUGGCGAUGAGUGGACACCAGUGGCCGCGGAGUACGACCCCAUCCGAGUGGGCAGUAUUGACGGCACCGACACUACACCUCACGACAAGGCGACGAUCCGCGCCCUCACCUCGAAGCAUACGAUCGACACAUCCAUCAAAAGUGAUGCCAAGAAGACUAUAUUUGUGGCGCGACUUGACUUCAAUACACACGAAGACACCAUUCAUGCGGUAUUGCCUUUGAAUGGAUUUCUUUGAAUCUCUUGUAAUCAUUCA